CUCCAGGAAAUCCUUCUCUCAUUCCCUCUGAUUUCCUCUCCAUAGCAACUCCUUCUCCUUCUCCUUUUCCUUUCUCCUCGUCCUCCUGCGGUUAGGUUUGGCUUCGAACGUUAUAUAUGAACAUGGAAGUCAGCACUAAGGAUGCCAUCCAUCAGAACGGGAACGGGGCACUACACGGGCCGAUGAACGGUCUGUGCAUCAAGAGUACUGUGGCUGCCCGCCAGUACCAGCACGGGCACGACCCCCUGAACUGGGGGGAGGCGGCUGAGUCGAUGACUGGGAGCCACCUUGACGAGGUGAAGAGGAUGGUGACCGAGUUCCGGAAGCCAGUGGUACGGCUAGGGGGUGAGACCCUGACAAUAUCCCAGGUGGCGGCCAUCGCUGCACGGGACACCGAGGGCGUCAGGGUGGAGCUCGCGGAGUCUGCCAGGGCCGGCGUGAAGGCCAGUAGCGACUGGGUGAUGGACAGCAUGAACAAGGGGACCGACAGCUACGGGGUCACCACCGGGUUUGGUGCCACCUCGCACAGGAGGACCAAGCAGGGCGGUGCUCUUCAGAAGGAGCUUAUUAGGUUCUUGAACGCUGGUAUAUUCGGGAAUGGAACAGAGUCCUGCCACACUCUGCCUCACUCUGCCACCAGAGCUGCCAUGCUCGUCAGGAUCAACACCCUCCUCCAGGGCUACUCCGGAAUCAGGUUCGAGAUCCUCGAAGCAAUCACGAAGCUCCUGAACCACAACAUCACCCCCUGCCUUCCCCUCCGGGGAACCAUCACCGCCUCGGGCGACCUUGUCCCCCUUUCAUAUAUCGCGGGUCUCCUGACUGGCAGGCCCAAUGCCAAAGCCGUUGGGCCCGAAGGGCAGCCUCUCAAUGCGGAGGAGGCCUUCCAGGUUGCAGGGAUUGACUCAGGGUUCUUCGAGUUGCAGCCCAAGGAAGGGUUGGCGUUGGUGAAUGGCACGGCAGUUGGUUCCGGCCUUGCAUCCAUGGUUUUGUUCGAGGCCAAUAUCCUGGCGGUCCUGUCCGAGGUAUUAUCGGCAAUAUUUGCCGAGGUUAUGCAGGGGAAGCCCGAGUUCACGGACCAUCUUACCCACAAGUUGAAGCACCACCCGGGGCAGAUUGAGGCCGCUGCCAUUAUGGAACACAUCUUGGAUGGGAGCUCGUAUGUUAAAGCCGCCAAGAAACUGCACGACAUGGACCCCUUGCAGAAGCCUAAGCAGGACCGUUACGCCCUCCGGACCUCACCCCAGUGGCUUGGCCCCCAGAUUGAGGUUAUCCGGUUCUCCACUAAGUCCAUCGAGCGGGAGAUCAAUUCCGUCAAUGACAACCCACUCAUUGAUGUUUCACGGAACAAGGCCCUCCACGGCGGGAACUUCCAGGGCACCCCAAUUGGUGUCUCAAUGGACAACACUAGGCUUGCGCUUGCAGCAAUCGGGAAGCUGAUGUUUGCACAAUUCUCCGAGCUCGUGAACGAUUUCUACAACAAUGGUUUGCCCUCUAACCUCACUGCGAGCCCGAACCCGAGCUUGGACUAUGGCUUCAAGGGGGCUGAAAUUGCAAUGGCCUCAUACUGCUCUGAACUGCAGUUCCUAGGAAACCCGGUGACCAACCAUGUCCAGAGUGCCGAGCAGCAUAAUCAGGACGUGAACUCGCUGGGCCUGAUCUCUUCUAGGAAGACAGCCGAAGCUGUGGAAAUCCUAAAGCUCAUGUCAUCGACUUUCCUCGUCGCGCUCUGCCAAGCAAUAGACCUCAGGCACUUGGAGGAGAACCUCAGGAGCACCGUGAAGAACACGGUGGGCCAAGUAGCAAAGAGGACCUUAACCAUGGGAGUUAACGGAGAGCACCCUUCCAGAUUCUGCGAGAAGGAUCUCCUCACGGUGGUCGACCGGGAAUACGUCUUUGCCUAUGCAGAUGACCCUUGCAGCGCUACAUACCCUCUGAUGCAGAAGCUCAGGCAGGUCCUCGUCGACCAUGCCCUCAGGAACGGCGAGAACGAGAAGAACCCGAGCUCCUCGGUGUUCCAGAGGAUCGGAGCCUUCGAGGCAGAGCUCAAGGCAGUCCUUCCAAAGGAGAUAGAGGCCGCUAGGGCAGCCUACGAGAGCGGAACUGGGGCGAUCCCGAACAGGAUCAAGGAGUGUCGGUCCUACCCAUUGUACCGAUUCGUGAGGGAGGAGCUUGGGACUGGAAUCUUGACAGGAGAGAAAGUCCUGUCCCCUGGAGAGGAUUUCGACAAGGUCUUCACGGCAAUGUGCCAGGGUAAGAUCAUAGACCCGAUGUUGGAGUGUCUCAGCAGUUGGAACGGCGCCCCGAUUCCUAUUUGUUGAUGAUGUGUAUCCAUCCUAUGCUGUUCCGGUGCUCAUUCCACUCCAUUAUUUGUUUGGUGGCUUUUUGGUUUGCCUGUGUGAUUUGUUCCAUUAGAAACUUCUUUAGCUAGGUAAGAAAGAAAAAUAAUUCUGCAAAUUGUCUUGUGUUCAAUCA